CUCUGAAACAGACGAGGCGACAAAAACAAAGCUUUACGAGCCACCAAAUGAGCCACUCCGUUAUUAUUCCGACCAACAAAAGCCAAAGAAACCCCACCCCAACCAGCCGAUCAAUCUCCAGCAAGAGACAUCCAAUUUUUGAAUCCGAUAGAUCUUUGCUUAGACAUUUGUCAAUAAUCAACUUAGCAUCACCAUGAACAGCAACAUCCAAAAUCCCCAACGCAUGACGCUGCAGUAGACAAUCCCGCAAAGCAAGACCUCCACCACAUAAGCAUCAUGAAUCCCUUCAUAUCUAUGAGUUUCCUGGUUACACUUGUAUAACUGGAAUUUGAACGUAAUGGCCCAACAGAAACCAGGCUGGUCAGCGCAGCCCAACUGACUAAAUAAAAGCCCAGUUUCCGUCAAGCAAUUUAUGGCCCACAAGGCAAGCCCGACUCAUAUGUCUGCAGCUUCCGAGUUCAAUCGUUGUCUGUGACUCGGUCACAAACGCACAUUGUGUUGUCUGUGGUGGAUCAAAGCUCAGCGCCUGCAGGCUGCAAGGCAAGCGCUCUACCAGGAGAAGCCGAGAAGGUGAAGAGGGAGACGAGGGAUGACGGCGUUUCACUUUUUCAACUGUGCGAUUCUGACCUUCGGACCUCACGCCGUCUACUACUCUGCCACGCCAUUGUCAGAGUAUGAUACUCUUGGCACAUCUAUGAAAGCUGCGCUUGUUUAUCUGGGAACUGCCAUAGUUAAGCUUGUUUGCUUGGCGAAUUUUCUCAAGGUGUCCGAGAACGAUGAGUUUGAUCCUUAUCAGGAAUCUUUGAAAGCCCUAAUUGGUCUGGUAGAUGUUGCUGGGAUUUACUUCGCUUUGACUCAAUUGACUCAUCGGAACAUCUCUCAAAACCACAAAUUUCAAGCUGUUGGCCUUGGUUGGGCUUUUGCGGAUUCCAUCUUGCACAGACUAGCUCCUCUCUGGGUCGGAGCUAGAGGCCUAGAGUUCACUUGGGACUACAUUCUACAAGGCCUGGAAGCAAAUGCCAACCUGGCUUUCAGUAUUUCAAUGGCGGCAUUGGGGUCCUUGAUGUGGCUUCGCAGAAACAAACCUAAGACUUUGAUUCCUUUGAUAUAUAUUUGUGCCCUAAUAGUGGCAACCAUGCCUUCCAUCACAAGCUAUUUGAGGAAAAAGCUAGACUGGCAUUUCCCAGAAGUCGUAGGGUUCGAGCUCGGAUCAUCUCUAGUAAUGGCCUUUAUCAGUUGGCAACUCUUCUCUGCUUGUCAGAGACGUUCAUCGUAGGAAACACCAAGAUUCAUCGUCUGAGAAUCAGCUAUUGCUCCAAAACUCGUUGACCCAGAGCAUUCUCUCUUUGUAAUAGGCUGCCUUUGUUGCUGCAACUCUCCACAUUUACCCCUUUCUACGGACGAUCUGAAUGCAAUUUUUGCCUGUAAGUUCACUAGCAUUUCAUAACUUCCCCUGUUGGGGGCUAUAUAUCCAGGUCAAUUACACAAAUUAUCAGUCAAAAAUCAAUUACUGGACCCUGA